CCCCCACAACAUAAGAGCAGUGCACCACAGAGCUCUGCCAGUCCCACCGGGAGGGGGGCAGAAUCCAGGGUCUACCAGGCUCUUCAUCCCCCACCCCCCUUACACCUCGCUCCAUCCUUCCCAAAGACUACAAUUAGCCAGAUGGGGACUGGGGACCAGGAGGCCCAGGGGACAGUAGACUCCUGCACUAUUGUGUGAAGCUAAGAGACACUGUAAGGACCAGGAGAGACAGACUGAGACGUCGCUGGUAGACAGCAGUGAUUGAGGACUCACUCUGGGACACUAGACAUUGCUGUUUGCCUUGAGUACUCACAUGAACUGCGAUGGCUUGCUUACAUGAUACUCGCACUCCAUCCCCCUCAUUCGCCAGUCUCUUGUCUGAUGGACCAAUUCGGCGACUGGACCCUGAUACCCCUCCUGGCUGUACCCCCGAACAAGAGUUGACCCCCACCCAGUGUGUAUUGCGAGAUAUGGUACGAAAUGAACUGGUGUCAACUCCCAAUGAGGAUCUUUUAACCCCUCUCACUCAAAGUGUGCCUCAAGACCCACAAGAGCCAGAGGACCGAGGUGGUGGGGGAGCUGCAGGAGGUCCAGGUGACGAUAGACCUUGUCGGGCAUUAGGAGAAGGACGCAUGCAAUGUCAAGCAGGAGUUGGGUUUCUUGGGGGACUGUUUGGGUGCCUGAGGCCAGUCUGGGCCAUGAUUGGAAAGACAUAUUCCACUGAACACAAGCACCAAGAAGAUUCUUGGGAGGUCCCAUUUGAGGAGAUCCAGGACCUGCAGUGGGUGGGCAGCGGAGCACAAGGUGCUGUGUUUCUUGGAAAGUUUCAUGGAGAAGAAGUGGCAGUGAAGAAAGUGAGAGAUAUUAAGGAGACUGACAUCAAACAUCUUCGGAAGCUGAAGCACCCCAAUAUCAUAACCUUCAAGGGUGUGUGCACGCAAGCUCCUUGUUACUGUAUCCUAAUGGAGUUCUGUGCCCAGGGGCAGCUGUAUGAGGUUCUCCGUGCAGGCAGAAAAGUCACCCCGUCUCUGCUUGUGGAUUGGUCCAUGGGUAUUGCAGGCGGAAUGAAUUAUCUCCAUCUGCACAAAAUCAUCCAUCGUGAUCUGAAAUCACCUAAUAUGUUGAUCACAUAUGAUGAUUUGGUGAAAAUAUCAGACUUUGGCACCUCCAAGGAGCUGAGUGACAAGAGUACCAAGAUGUCCUUUGCAGGUACAGUGGCCUGGAUGGCCCCAGAGGUGAUACGCAAUGAGCCUGUUUCUGAAAAGGUGGAUAUUUGGUCUUUUGGGGUCGUUCUUUGGGAGCUUCUGACUGGCGAAAUCCCAUACAAGGAUGUGGAUUCCUCAGCCAUCAUCUGGGGUGUUGGAAGCAAUAGCCUGCACCUCCCAGUCCCAUCAAGUUGUCCUGAUGGAUUCAAGCUCCUUUUGCGACAGUGCUGGAAUAGCAAGCCAAGAAACAGACCCUCUUUCCGACAGAUUCUUCUACAUCUGGAUAUUGCCUCUGCUGAUGUCUUGUCCACAGCCCAGGAGACAUAUUUCAAGUCACAGGUGGAAUGGCGUGAUGAGGUGAGACUACAUUUUGAGAAAAUUAAAUCAGAAGGGACAUGUUUGCAACGCCUUGAAGAAGAGCUGAUCUCAAGACGUCGUGAGGAGCUCCGGCAUGCUUUGGAUAUACGAGAGCACUAUGAGCGCAAGUUACAGAGAGCCAACACACUAUAUGUGGAACUCAAUUCUCUCAUGCUUCAGCUGGAACUGAAAGAAAGGGAGUUACUCAGGAGGGAGCAGAUCCUGGAGAAGAAAUGUCCAGCCCUCCUUCACAAGCAGCCUCGCCCAUCGAGUACAGUGGAAAAAUUAAUCAAAAAGCGGAACGUGCCUCAGAAACUGUCCCCACAUGGAAAAAGGCCAGACAUUUUGAAGUCUGAAGUUCUCCUCCCGAAAGUGGAAUCUGUUCUGUCUCCAUCAACCCCUUCUGGUUGCCAGAAACUCCCUCCUUCACCUGGACGUGGCCGGCGUGGAAAGCCACGUUACCGCAAAGCAAAAGACAUGGUUAAUUUGAGAGCGGCAGUGACCACAGAUCCCACUCCACCAAGCCAGACCCCACCACGAGACCCUCACCCUCUGUCUUCUUCCAGCCCUGAUCUGUUAUGUACCCCUCUGGAGGCAGAAGCUCGUAGGGGAAGUCAGAGUGCAGAAUGCUCUCCUGUUCGUUCUCUUCCUGGACCUCCUAGCCCAGACUCUCCUUCAGGACGGGCAGCAGGGAGCAGAGCAUCUAGAGGGGGGCAGCACCUGACACCUGCAGCAAUGCUGUACAGAGCAGCCGUCACCAGGAGCCAGAAGCGAGGUCAGUCCUCGGAGGAAGAAGAAGGUGAGGUCGACAGUGAACUGGAGGUGGAAAGGAGACAGAGAUGGCAGACGAAUAUGUCUCAGCAUCAGUCCCCCAGCUCAGAAAAUUUAUCAGAUGGUGAAGAAGGAAAUACUACUGAUCCCUCACAUAGUGUGACCCCUGAUGUGCUGAGCACCAACACUGAUGAGCGCCAAGAUGACCGAUCCGAGGAUCUCGUGUCUCAGAGUUCUGAACCUCCACUGGACCUCUUGACCCAAUCUGAUGGCCUCUCUGAAAAAGAAGCUGUGGUCCAGAAGGUGAAAACUCAGCUUAGCAACGAGCAAACCGCAGGAGAGAACGUCGGCCUCUACGAUGACUCUGACUGCGACAGCACCGAACUUGACCAUUCGCUGGCCGCAACAACCUCAUGAUGCCAGUGCAGAGAUACCUCCCUUGUAUAUAAAGGAAAUAUUUAUAUAAAUAUUAUCUAUAAAUAUAAUACAUAAUAUGUGAAUAGACUGAGCCACACCUAUUCCUAUGGUCCCAACACAUCCAGCGCGCACACACACACACAAUCCCCUCACAUCUAGCAGAGGAUCAAAGUUUAGAAGCACUGGAAUGAUAGCAAAAAAAACAAUUGUUACCUUAAGGCAGCCAGUGUCGAGAAGACAACAUUCUGGCUGCUACAGGGAAAUGUUUGCACUGGCCGUAAAGGAGUUAAUGGGUAUGAAGUGGACUGUUAACCCCUUUCUGAGUAAGUCUACAUAACACAUUACUGUUUAAUCUCAUUGUGCAGGGAAAGGUUCAUCUUUAUAAUACAGACAGGGAAUUGGAAACCAGUGCAGCUGCUAAAGGCACAUGUUACAAUAUUAACCGUUGCAGAGCUGCAAUUAAAUGUGCCCCCCUUCAUCACGUCUACCGGGGCAGAUUUUUGUUCCAUAUGUGGUUAGGAGGUGCAUAGAAACCACAGGGAUUUGUGAGUGACCUUCAGGGAAUAAUAAUUAAUGAAGAUCAGGGGUGCCCAGACGUAGAUGCCCAGAUGUUAUAGAACUACAACACCCAUGAUGCUUUGCAUGCCUUUAGAAUAACAAAGCAUCAUGGAAGCUGUAGUUUUAAUGGGGAUCUACCUUUUAGACACCCCUGCUGUAGAUCCUCUGGCAGAGUGAGAAUUUGACAUACAGCCAGGCAGCACUAUUCACGAACCUCCUAACAGUACAUGGAUCUUAGCUCUGUCAGGGGAAACAUGGCCAGGCUGGCUAUUCAAGUUACAUUUUUCUUGUCCAUUUAGACUGCUAGAAGGGCUUUAACAAUGCAUUCUGGGUAAUGUCCAAUGUCUUAAUACUGAGGACUGUAUAUCUAUUGUUAAAUCAAUAAUGUAGUAUACUACAGGUCUAGCAACACAGCUAUUCAGCUUAAGGCCUCAAGAUGUCAUGGACUACAUCUUCCAUAAUCCUUAAUUUUCAGCGCAGGUUAAUCCUACUGCCUAUUUAUGCAAGCAUGUGUUUUGUUUUUUGUUUUUUAAAUGCAUGCUUCAGGGCUGUAUUGGAUAAACUGAAGCCUGUAAAUUGCCAUUUUACAUUUUGCUGCUUACAGCCCUGUUGUAUGUGUUUUCUUUUAGGCAUUCCAGGAUACAUAGGUGAUAUAGUCAUCUUACAUCACCUCUGCAAAGGAACAUGGGAGGUGUAGUCAAACUGCAGCCGAUGAGCUGCAGUUGAAUAGCCGUGUAUGUAAUAACAUUUUCAUGCAGUCAAAACCAACUUGUAAGCCAUAUCUGGGCUACAGUAACUUUGCAGUAAUAGUGAGACUUCAACUAACAAAAAAGCUAAUUAUGAAGUAUUCCCAAAUAUAUGUGUAAAUGUUGUGAUUACUUGAUACUUAAUACUUAGAUUCAAAUAACAUUUUAAGAAUACCUCACAUUUUGGGCUGUUUGUGAUAAAAGAAAAUGUCUUUACAUUUACUCUCUUGAACACUGGAGAAGAACAUUAACAAUUAACAUGGAAAACAGAGCAUUGCAUGUAAACUAGGCUAUAUUGCUUCAAGGUGACAUUUACACAUAUAUUUAUUAUACAAUUCUGUCUCAGCAAAAUGCUGUCUUAAGAACUUUUUACGAAUUUGAAACUUUCUGAGUUUACUGACCCAGACAAGUGACCCGUUUAAACCCGGAAUGUUUCCACCUUUGUAAAUAUUUCCUAUAAAAUCCCUUCUGACAACCAGGGUGCUAAUUAUUUUAAGGUGCCCACUACCGAACGCUUUCCCUGCACAAAAAUGUAAAUAUAGCAAUCCUUUGAGGUUUGUGUUUGCAUGAAAGGGUUUACAGGAAUAAUGCUCCUCUAUAACCAUUCGCAGUGGAGGUCGUUAGGAAAUGUAUUAAUGGUGCUACGCUCUGUAGAUCUGGCCUGCAUGGAAGGUCCAACUGGAAUCCAUAAAAUAUUUCCAUUAUGGGGUUUAAAGAGCACUCUUCUGAACAUGUUAAACAGCAGAUUCAGUACAAAGUACUGGUUGCACAUUGAACCCCUGGAUAUUGUUGCUUUAAAAAAAGCAGAUGUUAAAAUAGAGCAAUGUUCUGCAGUUCUUUUCGUGCACAGAACAGGUUAUCAGAGAAAUUUUCUACAAAGGGUUUCAGGGAAGGUGCGUCUCCAUAUACCCUACAGUGUGCUAUGCUAUGGCUCAAAUUAAAACACACUUGAAAGUGUCCGUAACCUGAGUAAAAUAUAUGUCUUCCCUUUGAAAAUGUUAUAUAUAUAUACAUAUAUAUAUAUAUACACACACAUGUAUAUAUAUAUUUACAUCAAUUAAUCACUCAGCCUUAAAAGUUGUUACAGUGGAACUCCCAUCACCCUAAGCCAGACUGCCGUUUGCUACCAUUGAUGGGAGUUGCAGUUUGACAAUGCCUAGAGGGCAGUAGGUUGCAUGACCCUUCCCUGGAAACAGAUCUUAAAGAAAGAGCACACAGUAAAUGGUGCAGUUGUCACAACAGCAUUGAUACCUUGACCCACGGGUGGCUUAUGCAGGGUAAUUUCGUUUUAGCAGAUGCCUUACUCUGAUAGGAGCUGCAUGAAAGGUAGAAUUGUUGUCUGCACAUUACGGACGGGGUUGUAUUCACUAUGGGAGCAUAAUCAUCACUGGUUGAUAUAACAACAAACCAGGGUGUGUAUAUCCAUGUUAAUAGAAUCCGUCCGUUUGUGUCUAGUACUAGAAUACCCUUAGAAAUAAUACUCAUCAAUGUAUCUUGUCCCUCUUGUUACUAUUCCAAACCUCCCAAUACCCACUUAUCCUGUUGUAACUAAACAAUCUCCCUCUUUCUUGUUUCACUGUAGUAUCUAUUAUGCCUAAACAAACGUUGAUUGGAUAUGUUUAGUUAAAAUAUAUUUUCACAGAUAUAAUCCAUCUAUCAGCUCAUCAGAUUAAGAAAUUAUCAUACCGGUACAGACUGAUGUUCAAGACAUGGGAGCCCAUUGGAAGAUAGCCCAUGUCUCUUUAUUUCCAGAACAAAUGCAACUAUUGCCAUCAACAUAGUUUACUUUAACAAAUAAUCUUCCGUUAAAUCUUUAGCUGCCAGAGUAGCAUUGCUUGUCUCUCCAUUUUCGAGACAAGAUAAACUGGUGGUUUCAGGGUUAAAAAGAAUGUGCAUUAAGGGAAGCUACAGAUUUACAGAAUAAGGGGACUUAUCUUGCUGAUUUACUUAUUGGGAGCCCAUUUUUCUGGUACAUAAAGGUGGGUGUAUGCUGUGACUGAUUCUCGUGAUGGCUGCCAAUUCGAUUAACUGCAGAAUUAAAUUUUGCAUUGGAAACCUGUUUCCUUUUUUCCACAGUAUAAUCCGGCCUCUUUCGUUUAAAAAAACAACCAUGAUACAAUAGCUAGAAUUGACAUUAAAGAUAAUGAAGCCUGUUAAUUGGAUGCCUGCAGCUAUAUAACUCUGAAGUUAUCCAAUAAACAGAAUGAAUCCGUCUUCUGUAACUUUACCAUUUUCAGCUAGAUAGUUCUCCUUAAUCUUUAGGUCAUAGUACCCUUUUCCAUGAAAUAAUCAGACCAAAGACUAUAUAUAUUUAUAUUUAACACUAUACAAAAGCUGUAGAAUAAAAAUUUAAGGUUUCAACGCUUGAUAUAUCAGAGGUUUAACAGAUGUUACAAAAAUCUAGCUGGUCUCAUUGUUACAUAGUACAUAGAUUGAUCCAAAAAUAUGACACCCUUGAUUUACCUAACUUUACCACGCUUGAAACAUUGACAUUGAAACAUUGACAGAUUAUAGUGUAUAAUAUGGAAAGAAUUAAUUUUAUUUUAUUUUUCUUUAGCUGCAAGUCACAAAAGUAAAAGUUAUCACUUUCAUUAGUACAAAUGCACCACCAAUCUGUUAUACCAAAUGGGUAGAGAGGGUCAUGAAUUCGACCAGUAAUAAAACUACAAAUUCGAGCUAUAAGCACCAGAGCCAUAACUCUUCCCAAUUCUAGCUUUUGCAGUGGGGUGCAGUAAGGAACCGAGGCAAUGAAUUUACUGGUAGUGAGUAUUCGCCAACUGCAUCUUAUAACUUGCUGCCUGUCUGCUGCACCUUGUCUUGCACUAGUCAAACAUUUUUUUGCUGCUUGAGGAGUUUCCAACAAGUUUAUUCCAAUUUAAGUAAUUGUUACACACUGCCCAUACGGCUGACCUCCUGACACCUUUCACUCACAGUGCUAUUCCAUACCUACCAUUCUGGUGCAUUGUAGUGUGUAUGUAUUGCGAUAAUGGCAGGACUUUGGUGCUGCUGGCAACUGACCCUGCACAUCACCUAUUAAAAAAAACAAAGAUUUUGUAUUUAAAAU